GUAAUAUUUUUGUUUUGAAAAGUCACUGUGACUGAUAGAAAAGUGAUGGUUUUAGCAACAUUUUAACCUGUCUGAAUGCAAUCAAUCAUUUUGCGUCGGGGGGCGAACCAGAACCCCCGACCAGGACUUUGUCCUGGACCUACCGGGGCCUGCGGCCCCUGGACCCUGGCUACUAGGUUUUUCUGAUUUCAAAAGUUGGCAGGUAUGGAUAUGGCUCAAUAGCUUCAGUUUCUUCUUCAAUUUGGUUUUCGCUACCUGCCUCCACACUACAACCAUCCGUUUCAAUACAUGCGUAAUCUGUUGAAUCGCUUAAGUCGCUGAAAUCCGAGUCUGAAUCCGAGCUAAUGUCGCUAUAGCUUGCUGUUCUUUCCGCCAUGUUUGUUUGUGUUGGCUUCACUAUGUGACGUCACAGGAAAAUGGACGGGUGGUUAAAAUCAGGCACUUUGAAGCUUUUUUUAGGGAUAUUGCGUGAUGGGUAAAAUUUUGAAAAAAACUUAGAAAAAUAUAAUAAGCCACUGGGAACUGAUUUUUAAUGGUUUUAACAAUUCUGAAAUUGUGAUAAUGUUCCCCUUUAACCAAUUAGAAUUGGAGGUUCCACUGUGAUAUGUGAUGAAUUGUGUGGAAGGAUGUUCAAGAAACUGAAAUGUGAGAUUGAUCCAUUAGCGUUAAUAGUUCAUUUUUAAAGCUAACAGAUAGCAAAUGUUUUACUUCAGACUAAGGAGCAAAAAAUCCUCCUGAAAGAUGAAGCAAAAUAAGCUUUUUGAUCAAUCUUAAGCCCUUGAAGAGCAUGUGUUAAAGUUAUCCUGUGAUGUGUCCAAGCAGAAAGUUGUCGCUUCUUCUUCUCGUACACAAAACUUUUUCAAAGUGCGAUGGAUCCUUUGGGGCCAAACAACUCGGAGCAGGCUGCAACAACUAAGGAGAGGAGCAUCAUCAGCGGAGACAACCUGCAGUUUGGCAAAUUGCGGCGCCAUGCUCGCUCGUCCCAGCCAGAGAAGACGGAAGACGAGCGCUUGAGCUCCUCUGCGGAGAUGGGCCGGAGUCCCGGCCUGCAGGCGGAGAGCGUGGCCAAGCCUCUCUCGUCCUCCCCCAGGAGCCCCAACACCAAACACUGGAACGUCCACCCCAAGCGCCCCCAGCAGGAGGGCGCCAAUGUCCCUACGGUGAAGUCGUCCGGCACGCCUCACCGGCGCUAUAGCAGAGGUCGCCAUCGCACCUCGUCUGAGACGGAGAAGGGCAGCAGAGGCAGCAGGGAGCCCAAGGCCAGGAAGAGGGGCGUCUCUGGGAGCGAGAACGCCAACAUGAGUGGACUGCAGUGUUUGGCCUCAGAGAAAGUCUGGUUUGACAAGCAGCGCUACGACGAGGCCGAGAAGAACUUCUACGAAGGCGUGAAUGGACCUGCUACCAAGUUACAGGUGAAAAGUGUCGGGCAGCAGGCCAAAGGGCGCCCACAAAAACGCCAGCACAGAAACUCGUCUUCACAUGCAGCUGGAGACCAGGAGCUGAUUGUACGCAUGAAGAGCCUGGAGCUGGAGAACCAGACUUUGCACAAAGUGGUGGGCGACAUGAGUGCUGCCCUGCAGAAACUGGAGUCCAGAGUGGUCCAGUUGGAGAAGACCAACAUACCUGCAGCCAAGGUAGAAGCAGGCGAGGCGAGAGUCCACGUCGAUACACCUGCUACCACUUAUUACAGAUUUCUCCUCAAGGUGGCGCCGGUCCAAGCGGCUCCUGCCAAAAAGGUGGCGGUGCAAGAGGACGAUGAUGAUGACGACGACAUCGACUUGUUCGGCAGUGACGAGGAAGAUGAAGAGGCGGCUCGUCUGAAGCAGGAACGCGUGGAGGCGUACGCUGCCAAGAAAGCCAAGAAGCCCGCCUUGAUCGCCAAGUCGUCCAUCUUGUUGGACGUCAAGCCUUGGGACGACGAGACGGACAUGUCCAAGCUGGAGGAGUGUGUGCGCUCGGUGCAGGUGGACGGGCUCCUGUGGGGGGCGUCCAAGCUGGUGGCGGUAGGUUACGGCAUCAAGAAGCUGCAGAUCAACUGCGUGGUGGAGGACGACAAAGUGGGGACGGACAUCUUGGAGGAGGAGAUUACCAAGUUUGAGGACUUGGUCCAAAGUGUGGAUGUUGCUGCCUUCAAUAAGAUCUGAACAAAGUUCUGCUUGGUGGAACAUGAAAUUAUAUCAUUAAAUAUGCAAAUAUUUGACAA